UACAGAAGAGGCCGGUCCGGUAGAUUUGACGCGUCGCGGUGCCGACCAUACGGACGAGCGAUACGUAGCUGACACGACGUGUUUUUUACCUCUUGCCGCGAUAUUUUUACGAAAGAGUGAAUUAGUGAAUGCGAACGGUAUUGAUACGGGCUGAGAAUUAAGGCCAGGAAAAAAGCGUUAUCCAAAAUUUUUUUAUUUAUAUUUUAUUAUCGUAUACGUUUCGAGUGAGACCGGUGUUGUUUCCUUUUCACUUUGUGCAAAUUUUUUAAACAGUUGGACUGAAUUUUUCAAGGUUUUUUAUAACGCUGGAUUAUAGUUGGUUACAUAAACGACAGUAUUUUUAAAUAAAUUAAAACUACUACGGUUGUGGAAGUUAAACUUGGAAACGACCGGUAACAAAGUAUCGCUUUACGUAUAGUGUCCGAAACCUUUUUUUAUAUAAAUAAUAUUAUCAAACGGUCAGUGGUAAAAAGAGUGUCAACAUGACGAUUCACAAAAAAGGAACAGCAAAUAAGACGAAAACUAAAGGCUCCGAUAAGAAUGUGACUGAAGUUGCCAGUACCUCGUCUAGCUCUACAGCUGACGUGUCACAAUCCAGCUCAAAAAAUGCGACAGUUGCCUCGACAGAAAUUGUCUCAACGUCGAGUGUAGUUCAAGAAGCAUCGAAAGUCAUGAAGAGCGAAUCUCGAAGCAGUGUUGUCGAGGUGAGCAGUUCCAGUCGUGAGGUAAUAAUGGAUUCGAAGGGAAAUGUUGUCAAGGUAAUUGAGCAUGCCCCAAAAACAGCCAAACAUUCGUCGUCAACGUCAAAGGCCGCGCAGAGUUCAACAGAUUUUAUUGCCGGAGAGCAAAGAGAGCAAAUAAGGCAAACGAAGAAAGAGAUCAGUGAUGAAAAACGAAGAACAAAUGCAGGUAAAAGUCUAAAACAGAUCCAAGACGGGGGACAUGGUACAACUGUACGGUCGACUAAAGGUGAAAGUACUGAUCAGAUUAGCUCUUCUCAUUUUGAAAGCAGUCAAAAAGCAUCUUCCUCUUCAAGUACCGUCGUGGAAUCUUCAUCAUCCGUGCAGGCCCACCUUGAGCAAUCGUCUUCAGUGACAAGUUCCGAUCAAAUUCCUAGUCAUUCUAAUCCUACGAUUCAAACAUCUUCAAAAUCGUUCGAAUCGGCGAGGUCAAGUCAACUGGUGGAGCAAGGUGUAACCAAAGAUGGUCAAACGGUCAAAUCAAAAACGGAAAUACACAAGGCUGGACACAGACUAAACGACAACGGAAAAGUCACGUCAUCGAAGACGGAAAGCGUCGACAGUGAGACAAGUGUACUACCAGCUGAUGGUAAGGAUGGUAAUAAAACCUUGCAUACUUCCCAAAACGUUAAAGUUAUUGGCGAGCGGGCGAGCCCAGACAAAACAACAGGCAAUGUAACAAUUCGUACGACAGUAACAGAUAGUACUGGCAAAAGUGUGACGACGACUGAGCAGAUAGGAAAUGACGGUACGGCACAUAAUACCAAGCCCGGUGCAUCUACGUGGGACGGAAAGUUUGUCCUCGAAAAAUCAGUGAAACAAAAUCCGAGGAACACGUCAAGUUCGAGCGCGUUUCGUCAACUCGCACAAGAUUCUCCGUCACCAAAAAAGUCUAAGGAUAAACGUACUAAUGUAUCUCGAACAGUCGCUGGAGACAAUAAAUCUGUAACACAAAUACAACAGGGAUCUUCGAAAACCACCGAAGUUCGCGGCUCGACUAACAUCGAUAAGAAACAAUCUUCCAGUACUGUAAUUCAAGAUCAUGACUCCACCGUUCAAAGCUAUACUUUGGAAACUGUAAACACGUACGAUUCUACUGGAAAGCUCAUUAGCAGUGUCACUCGCCGUGUGCCUUCGGAAACUAGCGCGUUUACGGAUAGUGAAGGUAGAUCUAUAGAUCAACAGACGUCAACAAUUGUUCACGAAACUGAUUCCAGUGAUCAAAACACGCGCUACUCAAAGCCCGGAGAUUCUGCUUGGGAUGGAAAAUUUGUUUAUGAAAAACCUUCUCCUACCCAAAAGUGGAACACAUCUGAUGCUUCAAUAUUUCAGCAUCCUGGCCAAGGUGGCGUAAUCGAAUCCACGAAACGUAUUGACUCGAGAGAAUCGAAUCUAGAUGGUUCCUACAAUAAAGAAUCUACCACCAACGUACACACCGCUCGAGGAUCUACGGAAUCAUCGGAAUUCUUGACGCGCGAACGCGUAGAUGUCAGCAAGGAAUCUUAUGUCUAUUCGGACGAUGGCAAGACCCCACGAACUGUUGCAGGUCCACCAGAAGGUACCCGAAUCAACAAGCCUGGUCAAUCGAAUCCAAACGGUCAGUUUGUGCGAGAAAAUCCGCAAGAUGAUAGGUCCAAACAAUCAACCGAUGCUACAGUGGUAAGAAGAACUAAGCCGAGAAAUGAUUCCGUAGAGGUACAAGACAUAACCGAAGAAGUUAACGUCAGUAACGUCUCCGAAUCGGUCUCAUCUUCCUAUAUAGUUGAACAUUCUUCAAGCAGCGAUAUAAAAAGCAUCGAUAAGGUUACUUCUGUGUCGGAAACAAUCAUCGAAGAAGAGCCUUCUGGAAGAGGAACUAUUGGUCAUACUCCUCACAAUCGUCCUGAAAGCCCUGAUAAAUCACGAGGACAUCCCAGAGACGGUGCACCUGUAAGCUAUAAGCCUGGCCAAUCAACCUGGGACGGACACUUUAUUUAUGAAAAACCACAAACACCAAUUUCCGACCGGCGCCGCCCACCUAACGGUAGCCCUGUAGAUUCUUCGACCAGAAGGACUAACAGGCGAAGCAACAUAAUCGACAUUUCUGACGUCACGGAGGAUAACUCCAUCAAUGAAGUCGAUACUGUGUCAACUUCGUAUAUUGUUGAGCACUCCUCAAGUCAGCAAAGUUUUACAGACUCGAAAGACCAUGUAAGUAUUUCUUCAAUUACGUCAGAAAGAACUGUUUACGAUGAUCAGCAAGGUAGUCGUCCCGGUAGUGCUCAGAGGAAACAUCCAUUAGAUGGGCAUCCAACUCCUUCAGAACGUCUUGGCAGUCCAGACAAGACUACAAGACCCACAAAACCAGGAUCUUCGACAUGGGACGGUUCGUUUUUAUAUGAAAACGUACCGGAUCAAAAGAAACCGGCUGACUCGAAAAGACAACCUGUUACCGGUGAUGGCAAAAAAACAAGUGACAGUAGACAAAGACCCACCACUGAGAAUAAAAGACUCAUCAGCGGUAGCCCAAGUGAACAAAACCGGAAAAAUUUACGCCACGUCAGUGAUACUACCUUGAAUAUGGACAGUACUGUAGAAGAUGAAGUCAUUUCGAGUUCUAUCAUUGUAGAACAAUCCAAUAUCCAAGAGAGUUUUACCGACUCAAAGAAUCUAGACUUCUCCACGACGGUAACGGAGACGGUAAUAAUUCGCGAUGGCAAACCUGUCGAAAAACAAAUGAUUCGGUCCAUAACUGAUGAACAUUAUCCCGAUAGUCCUGAGAAGAGAGGGCCAAGUUCGCCAGAUAAACUCAUCAAUACACCUGGAAGCCCACACAAGAAGACCGCUCAUCCUGAUGACGCGAGUAUUCGACCCACGAAACCCGGCUCUUCGACAUGGGAUGGUUCCUUCGUUGUUGAAAAGAGACCAACUGCACAGAAGCCCGCUGAUAUUCGGCAAGAACCCCGUGUGAAUGAUAAAAGGAAACCGAUUGAUGGAAGGCAACAACCGAUUGACGAUGGUAAGAAAUCAACGACCAGAAGACCUUCAGAUGGCAAGCCAAGCGAUGUGGAGCGUAGAACAUCGAAACAUGUAAGUGACAGUACUUUGAGCGUCGGUAACACAACCAAAGAUGUUUCUAGUACUUCCGAAGUCGUCACGAGCUCCUUCGUCGUGGAGCGAUCUGACAUCCAAGCGAGUUACACUGACUCGCAGAAUGUAGAUUUCUCUACGUCGUCAACGGUAGUCAUUCGCGAUGGUAAGCCAGUCGAAAGACACACGGUUUAUUCCUCUACCGAUCAGUAUCGGCCUGGUAGCCCUGAUAAGAGAACAUCGACUCCGAGAGACAAAACUGAUGGGCAAAGAAGCCCAGACAAUAAAACAGGCUUACCUGAUGAAAAAACUGCUCGUCCAACAAAGCCCGGUUCUUCGACGUGGGAUGGGUCAUUCGUUAUUGAAAAAACACAAGGGCAAAGAAAGCCCGGGGAUUUGCGGAAAGAACCCGUUGUCGAUGAUCAGAGAAAGCCGACUGAUGGAAAACGGCAACCGAACGAUGGAAAUAAGAGACCCUCCACCACAAAGCACGUGAGCGAUAGUACUUUAACUCUCGGCAAUACGACUAAAGAUGUAUCGAGUACGUCUGAUGUAGUUACCAGCAGCUCUUUUGUGGUAGAACAGUCCAGCGCCCAUGAAAGUUACAGAGAUUCGAAGGACGUGAACUUUUCGACCACGUCUACUGAAACAUUGCUGAUACGCGACGGAAAACCUGUUGACAGACAUGUGACUCAUUCAAAAACCGGGCAGCGUCGACCUGGCAGCCCUGAAAAAAGAAUUCCUCUUUCAGGAGAAAAUAUUAUCGAUAGACCAGAGAGUCCAACUAAAAAGGGAUCUACUCCAGAAGACAAAAACAUCCGACCCACAAAGCCAGGAUCGUCAACUUGGGAUGGAUCUUUCGUUUACGAAAAGCCCCAAGAAUCUACUCCAAAACUUAGCCAAAAGAAAACACCAACUGAUGACAAAAAACGGCCAACUGACGUACGUUCCAAGGACGAGAAAUUGGUUGACACGACAAGCCAAAUAUCAACUACGACUUCCACGGAUCUCCGAAAAACUUCAGAAGAUAUCAGGGAUACGUCCGAUAUAACGACUAGUACUUAUGUUACCAAACAGACUUCCAUAAGAGACUCGAAGAAAUUUGGUUCAACAAGUGUGGCUGAAACAAUAGUGCACGAAGAGUCUGAAAAUAAGCAAUCAAGGGAUGACUCCAGAAAAUCGAAGCGGCCGGAAGGUCUCGAAAAAUCACCUGAAAGGCGACCUGGUCAACCUGGACGUCGACCAGAUGGAAAAACGUCCCCCGAACAAAGGCCUGGAGAGCCAGAGAAUCCUGAAGACAGGUCAACUCGGCCAAAUAAGCCUGGUUCAUCUACGUGGAACGGUGCAUUUGUCUACGAGCAUCCCAAAGAACCAACCAGUAAGCAGCCUGGUCAGAAGAAAGAGCCAACGGGUGAUAAAAGACGACCAUCUGAUGAUCAGAAAAAACUGACCGAUGGGCGGCCGGAAAACCGAAAGCCCACUGACACAGUAACUCGAAAAUCAUCUACCACAUCCGUCGAUACUAAAAACAUUUCUAAAGAUAUUACUGAUGUGGUGCUGACGUCUGUGAGUGACUCGAAGAAAUUUGGUUCAACGGUUGUUUCCGAAACAAUAGUAUAUGAAGGAUCACCAGACAAUAAACCAAGGGACGAUGGUGGUCAGCCGAAGAAACCUGAUGGUGACAAAAUGCCUCAACAUAAACCAGGUGAGCCUAAAAGGCGUCCCGAUGGAAAACCGCUUCCCGACCAAAAGCCCAAAAGGGAAGAAAGCCCCGAAGACAGGUCGACCCGUCCUACCAAACUUGGCUCUUCUACAUGGAGUGGUGCUUUCGUUUAUGAACAGCCUAAAACACCAACCCCUACCGGCAACAAACCUGGCCAGCAAAAAGAGCCGACCGAUGGCAAAAAACGUCCAUUAGGAGACAAGAAAAAACCAUCCGAUGAACGCCCAAAAGAUCAGAAAAUUACUGACACAGUUGUUCGAAAAUUAUCCACAACCUCCACUGAUACUCGGGAUAUUACUGAAGACGUUACUGAUGUAACAAUAAAUACUUACGUCAGCGAACAAACGUCUGUGAGUGACUCGAAGAAAUUUGGUUCAACGGUUAUUUCCGAAACAAUAGUAUAUGAAGGAUCACCAGACAAUAAACCAAGGGACGAUGGUGGUCAGCCGAAGAAACCUAAUGGUGACAAAAUGCCUCAACAUAAACCAGGUGAGCCUAAAAGGCGUCCUGAUGGAAAACCGCUUCCCGACCAAAAGCCCAAAAGGGAAGAAAGCCCCGAAGACAGGUCGAGCCGUCCUACCAAACUUGGCUCUUCUACAUGGAGUGGUGCUUUCGUUUAUGAACAGCCUAAAACACCAACCCCUACCGGCAAGAAACCUGGCCAGCAAAAAGAGCCGACUGAUGGCAAAAAACGUCCAUUAGAAGACAAGAAAAAACCAUCCGAUGAACGCCCAAAAGAUCAGAAAAUUACUGACACAGUUGUUCGAAAAUUAUCCACAACCUCCACUGAUACUCGGGAUAUUACUGAAGACGUUACUGAUGUAACAAUAAAUACUUACGUCAGCGAACAAACGUCUGUGAGUGACUCGAAGAAAUUUGGUUCAACAGUUAUUUCCGAAACAAUAGUAUAUGAAGGAUCACCAGACAAUAAACCAAGGGACGAUGGUGGUCAGCCGAAGAAACCUGAUGGUGACAAAAUGCCUCAACAUAAACCAGGUGAGCCUAAAAGGCGUCCCGAUGGAAAACCGCUUCCCGACCAAAAGCCCAAAAGGGAAGAAAGCCCCGAAGACAGGUCGACCCGUCCUACCAAACCAGGUUCCUCUACGUGGAAUGGCGCCUUCGUCUACGAACAGCCUAAAGAACCGACCAGUAAGAAGCCCGAGCCAAAAACGGGACCAACUGCUGAUAAAAAACAGCCCACUGACAGUAAAAAGAAACCAGGCGACAAACACCCUACUGAUUCGGAGGUUCAAAAAUCUUCUACUCCAAUCAACGCCCCAACUGAUAAGAGGCCUGAACAGAAAAAGCCUGGAGAGAGUACCGAGAAGCCUGAAAAGUCGAAAAAUCGUUCUGAAAAACCUGGAAGUCCUUCUGAGCGUCCUGAUGGAAAACGAGAACCCGAAGACCGAAGACCAGAGAGUCCCACAGAUAAAUCCGACAGACCAACUAAACCCGGUUCCUCGACCUGGGAUGGUUCUUUCGUUUACGAAAAACCGAAACCUACAGAAAAGCCAGAGAAGCCAGCUGACGGGAAGAAACCAAAACAUCCGAGUUCGCCGAAGGACGUCGUUCCAAGACGUCACCCUUCAGAGCAAAGCCCAGACGAAGUUACCAAAAUUACCUUCAGUCAGUCCACCAUUGAUCUGCAGGACGUAACUGAUAUCCAGAAAUCUUCAUACGUCAUCGAGCACUCAUCGAGUUACACCAGUGUCAAGGACGUGCGCGACAUCACCGAGGAAUACAUCACCACCGAUUACACAACGGAAGAACGUCAUGACUUGAGAGAUGUUACUGAGUCAACGACAGAGUUUAUCGGCCAUGAACAGGUGACUAGCAUGGUAUCCAGAGACGUUGUGGAUGAUAAGAAAUUUGAAAAAAUCACAACGGCCAAAGGGCCAAAAGAUACGCCAACACCAAAGCCAAUUCCUGCUGCUGGUAAGCCCAGCCGUCCACAACGCCGUGAUGAAUCUCCGAAAAAGCCUGGCGACGAUGCUGACAAGCCUAAAAAACCGAAAAAACCUUCCGAUCGUCGAUCUGUUUCUCCGGAGAAACCUGGUGACCAAAAAGCACCAGACAGCAAGCCAAAGCCUGCUGCUGGAAAGCCCAGUCGCCCGGACGAAAAGCCACGACGUGGUGAUCAAACGCCAGAUUCCUUGGAUGAGGAAGAACCGCAGCCGAAAAAUAUACUGGAGCCUGCUGAUGUCCUGGCUAAAAUACCACUGAAGGAACAGUGUAUUUGCGAGCUAUGCACCUGCGGACGGCACCGAUGUCCUCACAACGUUGGCCAGGACAAUUUUGAAUCACCUCACGAGCCUAUAGACAGCGUAACGUCUUACCGCCACGAAUAUGAUGAAAAACACGUAGAUAGACAAGUGAUAGUUCACCAUGAAGACCACCUGCACCUGGAGGGUGAAUUCAUUGGAGAACGACGUACUGACUACGUCGUCACCCACGGAGACCGAGCUCCGGUUCGAAAACCUCAGGAUAAUCUACAUCCUGAAGGAGAUUUCUACGGACGUCCCAAGGAAGAAGCGCCCACCAAAGGCGAACGAGCGCCUGUUAGGCGCCCCCAAGAUAAUUUGAGGCCCGAGGGUGAUUUCGAUGGCGUGACAACAAAAGAGCUGGCCUUCCCCGGGCUACCCGGCGAACGACCAAGCCCUGUGCGUCGCAACACCUACACAAAAGUAGAAGGUGAAUUUAUAGACGAAACAACGAGCCGAACUGAGUAUAUCGAUCAUCGAACUGUAGAGCGAGCGGAAGUAAUUAGACGUACAGAUAAUUUGAUCAUUGGCGAAGGAGAAUUUACGGGAAUCUCUCACGUCAAAGAAGACUUUCCAACUUACGAAAUUGUUGAGCACGACGGACCCACCCGUCACAAAACAACAACGGACGAAGUCGACCGAUAUUAUGGCAGGACGGACAUUAUCGAGAACUUUACAACCACCAAUGAAGAGUACCAUAACUUUGAUCAAACUGAUUACGUGUCUACAACAAUCAUCAGACGCGAUGACAAUCUGAAGCCAGAAGGUCCUUUCGAAGGAACACCUAAGUCGAGGGAUGAUUACGUGCCAAUGCUUACCGAAAGACGAGAACCGCAUAAACCGAAGGACAAUCUGAAGCCCGAAGGAACUUUCGAAGGACGUCCCAAAGACGAUUUCAAACCAACCACGGGAGAUCGUGCGCCAGUUAAAAAGCCUCAGGACAACCUUAAGACGGAAGGGCCGUUUGAAGGGCGUCCUAAGGAUGAUUUCUCUCCGAAACAAGGUGAACGUCCCGAAGUUAAGAAGCCCAAGGAUAAUCUUCGCCCAGAAGGAACCUUCGAAGAUCGGCCGAAAGACAAAUUUACACCGGCUGAACGACGCACACCCAUUAAACAUGCAGACAAUUUGAAACCUGAAGGAGAAUUUGAGAGACCUGUCCAAGAACCGUAUGGCCCAGGUGAAAGAGCACCAAUCGUUCGCCACCCUGACAAUCUGUUCCCCAAGGGCGAUUUCCCCGAUAGAGAGCGUCAACCAUUUGAACCUGCUGAACGCAGGACCCCGAUAAAGCCUGGAGAUAAUCUACGUCCUGAAGGAGACUUCGAUGGCCGUCCUAAAAAUGACUAUGGACCGAAAUAUGUCGAAAAACCUGAUGUCAAACGACCCCAAGAUAACCUCAAGCCUGAAGGACCAUUCGAGGGUCGACCAAAGGACAAAUAUACUCCUGGAGAACGUCGCCAGCCGAUCAGACAUCCUGACAAUCUUCAUCCCGAAGGUGAUUUCGAAAGACCUGAGGAGGAACCCUUUGGGCCCGGUGACAGAGCUGACAUUGUUCGUCAUCCAGAUAAUUUAUUCCCGUCGGGAGAAUUCUUGAAAAGAGAACGUAAGCCCUUUGAACCCGCAGAGAGAAGAACGCCAAUCAAGCAUCCAGAUAAUUUAAAACCAGAAGGUAACUUCGAACGUCCAGAGCACGAAAAGUUCCGCCCUGCUGAAAGGCCUAAGGUCACAAAGCCUCAAGAUAAUCUUAAGCCAGAAGGCGAUUUCGAACGACCAGAACCAACUAAAGUGGGUCCGAGUGAAAAACGAACACCAAUUAAACAUCCGGAUAACCUGAAACCAGAAGGUGAUUUUAUUGGCAAACCAAAAGAUGAUUUCAAGCCCACGCACGGAGAACGUGCUGACGUUAAACGGCCAGAAGAUAAUUUGAAACCGGAAGGUAUAUUUGAAGGCAGGCCUAGGGACGAUUAUAAACAUGUAACAGUUGACCGUGUCGAUAUUGUCAAGCAUUCUGACAACCUGCAUAUGGAAGGUGAAAUUUCAACUUAUAGAUCACGAGACGAGUAUACUGACUUCUUGGUUAGAGAACGAGUUGAAGUGACGAAACAUCGGGAUAACCUGCGGCCGGAAGGACCAUUCGAAGGUCGACCUAAGGACGAUUACUCGCCAAAAACUGCUGAAAGACCAGAAGUUAGAAAGCCUAAGGACAAUUUGCGACCUGAAGGAGAAUUUGAAAGACCGCAAAAAACACCAUAUGGCCCUGCUGAAAAACGAACACCAAUCAAACAUGACGAUAAUCUUCGACCUGAAGGAGAAUUCGAAAGACCUGAGCAUGAAAAGUACCGCCCUGCUGAAAGACCCGAAGUUAAGAAGCCGAAAGACAACCUCCGACCUGAGGGAGAAUUCGAGAGACCAGAAAAAACGCCUUAUGGUCCGGCUGAAAAACGGACGCCCAUCAAGCAUGAUGACAACCUUCGACCUGAAGGUGAAUUCGAAAGACCUGAGCAUGAAAAGUACCGCCCUGCUGAGAGACCUGAAGUCAAACGGCCAAAGGACAAUUUACGACCUGAAGGAGAAUUCGAGAGACCCGAAAAGACACCUUACGGGCCUGCUGAAAAACGGACGCCGAUCAAGCACGACGAUAAUCUUCGACCCGAAGGUGAAUUUGAAAGACCCGAGCAUCAAAAAUACCGCCCUGCUGAAAGACCCGAAGUUAAGAAGCCGAAAGACAACCUCCGACCGGAGGGUGAGUUUGAAAGACCAGAAAAAACUCCGUACGGUCCGGCUGAAAAACGAACACCAAUCAAACAUGAUGAUAACCUUCGACCUGAAGGUGAAUUCGAAAGACCUGAGCAUAAAAAGUACCGCCCUGCUGAAAGACCCGAAGUUAAAAAGCCGAAAGACAACCUCCGACCUGAGGGAGAAUUCGAGAGACCCGAAAAGACGCCUUACGGACCUGCUGAAAAACGAACACCGAUCAAACAUGAUGACAACCUUCGACCUGAAGGUGAAUUCGAAAGACCUGAGCAUGAAAAGUACCGCCCUGCUGAGAGACCUGAAGUCAAAAGGCCGAAGGACAAUUUGCGACCUGAAGGAGAAUUCGAAAGACCCGAAAAGACGCCUUACGGGCCUGCUGAAAAACGAACGCCGAUCAAGCACGACGAUAAUCUUCGACCUGAAGGUGAAUUCGAAAGACCUGAACAUGAAAAAUACCGCCCUGCUGAGAGACCUGAAGUCAAAAGGCCGAAGGACAAUUUGCGACCUGAAGGAGAAUUCGAAAGACCCGAAAAGACACCUUACGGGCCUGCUGAAAAACGAACGCCGAUCAAGCACGACGAUAAUCUUCGACCUGAAGGUGAAUUUGAAAGACCUGAGCAUGAAAAAUACCGCCCUGCUGAGAGACCUGAAGUCAAAAAGCCAAAGGACAAUUUACGACCUGAAGGAGAAUUCGAAAGACCCGAAAAGACACCUUACGGGCCUGCUGAAAAACGAACGCCGAUCAAGCAUGAUGAUAAUCUUCGACCUGAAGGUGAAUUUGAAAGACCAGAGCAUGAAAAAUACCGCCCUGCUGAGAGACCUGAAGUCAAAAGGCCAAAGGACAAUUUACGACCUGAAGGAGAAUUCGAGAGACCCGAAAAGACACCUUACGGGCCUGCUGAAAAACGAACGCCGAUCAAGCAUGAUGAUAACCUUCGACCUGAAGGUGAAUUCGAAAGACCUGAACAUGAAAAGUACCGCCCUGCUGAAAGACCCGAAGUUAAGAAGCCGAAAGACAACCUCCGACCGGAGGGUGAGUUUGAAAGACCAGAAAAAACUCCGUACGGUCCGGCUGAAAAACGGACGCCGAUCAAGCAUGAUGACAACCUUCGACCUGAAGGUGAAUUCGAAAGACCUGAGCAUGAAAAGUACCGCCCUGCUGAGAGACCUGAAGUCAAAAAGCCAAAGGAUAAUCUGCGACCUGAAGGAGAAUUCGAGAGACCCGAAAAGACACCUUACGGUCCGGCUGAAAAACGAACACCAAUCAAACAUGAUGACAACCUUCGACCUGAAGGUGAAUUCGAAAGACCUGAGCAUGAAAAGUACCGCCCUGCUGAGAGACCUGAAGUCAAACGGCCAAAGGACAAUUUACGACCUGAAGGAGAAUUCGAGAGACCCGAAAAGACACCUUACGGGCCUGCUGAAAAACGGACGCCGAUCAAGCACGACGAUAAUCUUCGACCAGAGGGUGAAUUCGAAAGACCUGAACACGAGCGAUAUCGUCCUGCUGAAAGACCAGAAGUCAAGAAGCCUAAAGAUAACCUUCGGCCAGAGGGCGAGUUUGAAAGACCAGAAAAGACUUCUUAUGGUCCUGCUGAAAAACGAACACCAAUCAAACAUAAUGACAACCUUCGACCUGAAGGUGAAUUCGAAAGACCUGAGCAUGAAAAGUACCGCCCCGCUGAGAGACCUGAAGUCAAACGGCCAAAGGACAAUUUACGACCUGAAGGAGAAUUCGAGAGACCCGAAAAGACACCUUACGGGCCUGCUGAAAAACGGACGCCGAUCAAGCACGACGAUAAUCUUCGACCAGAGGGUGAAUUCGAAAGACCUGAACACGAGCGAUAUCGUCCUGCUGAAAGACCAGAAGUCAAGAAGCCUAAAGAUAACCUUCGGCCAGAGGGCGAGUUUGAAAGACCAGAAAAGACUUCUUAUGGUCCUGCUGAAAAACGAACACCAAUCAAACAUAAUGACAACCUUCGACCUGAAGGUGAAUUCGAAAGACCUGAGCAUGAAAAGUACCGCCCCGCUGAGAGACCUGAAGUCAAACGGCCAAAGGACAAUUUACGACCUGAAGGAGAAUUCGAGAGACCCGAAAAGACACCUUACGGGCCUGCUGAAAAACGGACGCCGAUCAAGCACGACGAUAAUCUUCGACCAGAGGGUGAAUUCGAAAGACCUGAACACGAGCGAUAUCGUCCUGCUGAAAGACCAGAAGUCAAGAAGCCUAAAGAUAACCUUCGGCCAGAGGGCGAGUUUGAAAGACCAGAAAAGACUUCUUAUGGUCCUGCUGAAAAACGAACACCAAUCAAACAUAAUGACAACCUUCGACCUGAAGGUGAAUUCGAAAGACCUGAGCAUGAAAAGUACCGCCCCGCUGAGAGACCUGAAGUCAAACGGCCAAAGGACAAUUUACGACCUGAAGGAGAAUUCGAGAGACCCGAAAAGACACCUUACGGGCCUGCUGAAAAACGGACGCCGAUCAAGCACGACGAUAAUCUUCGACCAGAGGGUGAAUUCGAAAGACCUGAACACGAGCGAUAUCGUCCUGCUGAAAGACCAGAAGUCAAGAAGCCUAAAGAUAACCUUCGGCCAGAGGGCGAGUUUGAAAGACCAGAAAAGACUUCUUAUGGUCCUGCUGAAAAACGAACACCAAUCAAACAUAAUGACAACCUUCGACCUGAAGGUGAAUUCGAAAGACCUGAGCAUGAAAAGUACCGCCCCGCUGAGAGACCUGAAGUCAAACGGCCAAAGGACAAUUUACGACCUGAAGGAGAAUUCGAGAGACCCGAAAAGACACCUUACGGGCCUGCUGAAAAACGGACGCCGAUCAAGCACGACGAUAAUCUUCGACCAGAGGGUGAAUUCGAAAGACCUGAACACGAGCGAUAUCGUCCUGCUGAAAGACCAGAAGUCAAGAAGCCUAAAGAUAACCUUCGGCCAGAGGGCGAGUUUGAAAGACCAGAAAAGACUUCUUAUGGUCCUGCUGAAAAACGAACGCCAAUCAAACACGGCGAUAAUCUUCGACCGGAAGGUGAAUUUGAAAGACCGGAACAUGAAAAGUAUCGUCCUGCAGAAAGACCCGAAGUCAAGAAGCCAAAGGAUAACCUCCGACCAGAGGGAGAGUUUGAGAGACCUGAGAAAACAUCGGUUGGACCUGCUGAAAGACGAACACCCAUUAAACAUUCUGACAAUCUGAAGCCUGAGGGUGAUUUUGUUGGCAGAGUGAGAGAUGACUACAAGAUAAUUAAAGGCGAACGUGUUGACGUAAUCAAACAUACUGAUAAUCUUCGAAUGGAAGGUGACAUACAAACUUAUCGAUCCCGUGACGAUUACACAGAUUUUCUGCUUAGAGAACGUGUCGAGGUUACUAAAUAUGAAGAUAAUUUACGUAUGGAAGGAGAAUUCAUCGAUAUGAGAACGCGCGAUGAUUAUAAAGUAGUUAAAGGAGAACGAGCUGAAGUCAAGAAACCCAAGGACAAUCUUAAACCAGAGGGAGACUUUGAAAGGCCGGACAAGAAACCCGUCGGGCCGGCGGAGCGGCGUACACCAAUCAAACACGCUGACAAUCUAAAACCGGAAGGGGACUUUACGGAUCGCCAGCUAGAAGAAGCUCCGAAAAAAGGAGAACGAGCGGAAAUAAAGAAACCCAAAGAUAACCUUCGUCCUGAGGGUGAAUUCGAUAGGCCUGAAAAAACAUCUUACGGCCCAGCAGAGAAAAGAACACCCAUCAAACACGCUGACAAUCUUAAACCCGAAGGUGAUUUCACUGGGCGUCCAAAGGAAGAGACUCCAAAACGUGGCGACCGAGCUGACAUCAAGAAACCAAAAGAUAAUUUACGUCCGGAAGGAAAUUUCGAGCGUCCCGACAAAGCAAUCGUUGGACCAGCUGAGCGCAGGACACCCAUACGCCAUGAAGACAAUCUUCAUCCGGAGGGAGAGUUUACUGGGCGUCCCAAAGAUGAUUUCACUCCGAAACGCGUAGAACGUCCAGUGCAGAAGAAACCUCAAGAUAACCUCAAACCAGAAGGUGAAUUCACUGGCAGGCCAAGAGAGGAUUAUGUUCGAAAGAUUGGGGAGAGAUCCGAAAUUGUUGUGCACAAGGAUAAUCUGAGAAUGGAAGGUGAAAUUGAUGUGCACAGAUCCAGAGACGAUUACACCAUUUCGAGAACCGAGCGUGUUGACGUUGUCAGACAUGAAGAUAACCUGAAGAUCGAAGGAGAAUUUAUUGACGUGCGUAGACGUGAUGACUACAAUAUAACACGUGGUGAACGCACUGAGAUUAUUAGGCACGAAGACAAUCUUCGUCCAGAAGGUGACUUUGAACGUCCAGAAAAAGCUCCGGUGGGUCCAGCUGAACGCAGAUCACCGAUAAAACAUCCAGACAAUCUGAAACCAGAGGGAGACUUCAUUCGUCGACCAAAAGAUGCUGCGCCAACCAAAGGAGAUCGAGCUGUUGUCAAGAAACCUAAAGACAACCUUAGACCAGAAGGUGACUUUGAAAGGCCAGAUAAAUCACCCGUUGGUCCAGGUGAAAGGCGGACACCCAUCCGUCAUGCAGAUAACCUCAAACCAGAGGGUGAUUUCGAGAGACGGUCUCCAAGUAAAGUGGGACCAGGUGAAAGACGUACCCCGAUUCGCCAUGAGGACAACCUGAAGCCUGAGGGUGAUUUCGAGAGACGGGCUCCAAGUAAAGUGGGACCAGGUGAAAGACGUACCCCGAUUCGCCAUGAGGACAACCUGAAACCUGAGGGUGAUUUCGAGAGACGGGCUCCAAGUAAAGUGGGACCAGGUGAAAGACGUACCCCGAUUCGCCAUGAGGACAACCUGAAGCCUGAGGGCGAUUUCGAGAAACGGACUCCAAGUAAAGUGGGACCUGGUGAAAGACGUACCCCGAUUCGCCACGAAGACAAUCUUCAUCCGGAAGGUGACUUCUACGGGAUGCCGAAAAAUGAAUCGACGCCGAAGAAGGGUGAUCGCGCAAUUAUCAAACGCCCGCAAGAUAAUCUGCGAUCUGAGGGUGAGAUGCAAAUGACACAAACUUCUAAAGAUGAUUAUAGAGUUGUAAAAGGCGAUCGCUUUGAAGUGCGUCGCCGCGAAGACCAUCUUCGAAUGGAAGGAGAGAUUGAUGUGCGUAGGUCAAGAGACGACUACAAAAAGAUCACGAAGGUCGAAAGAGUGGAUGUUGUGAGACACGAAGAUAAUCUUAGAAUUGAGGGUGAAUUCGUUGAUGUCCGUAGGAGAGAUGAUUACACCACACAUGUUGGUGGUGAAAGAACCUUUAUUCAGAGACAGUCUGACAACUUAAGACCUGAAGGUGACUUUGAAAGACCAGAGAAGAGUCACGUUGGUCCCGGUGAGAGAAGAUCUCCAAUCAAGCAUCCAGAUAAUCUUAAACCUGAAGGCGAUUUUGAGCAAAGAAUACCGCAACAAGUUGGACCUGGUGAACGUAGAACACCUAUUCGUCAUGGAGAUAACUUGAAAUCGGAAGGUGAAUUUGACGGUCGACCAAGGGACGACUACUCUCAGAAAAGAGCAGAGAGAACAGAAAUAGUUAGAAGAGAGGAUAACUUGAAAAUGACUGGUGAUUUCCGGGAUACGACUUCACAGAAAUCGGCAUACAAAGUUAUCCGUGGCGAACGCGUAGAAGUCAAACGCCACGAGGGCAACCUGAAAAUCAGUACCGAUGCAAUGGAAUCUAAGACAACUUCAAGAGAUACAUUUACACCAACCAGGAAGGAUUCAGCUGGCAUCGUAUCCUACGAUCGGCCAGUAAAUCGCCAAACACACAUGGAGUCCUCAAUUUCACUUGGUGAAGACACAAGCACAAUGUCGACAACAAAUCAGCGCAACUACAACACAUACACGCGUAAAACUGGCCGUGAAGUAGCUACUAAACUGGACGAUGUGCAAUCAGAUGUUAAACGAGCUGCAACAACGGAAACUAAAACUAUGCCUGACGGUUCAGUAGUAACAGUAAUUAGGGAAACGACAACAAAACACACGGGGCAAAAGUUAGUUGGUCAAACAUCUCACCAACAACAUGCACAUCAUACAAAUGUAUCGGAGCGUCACGCCACUCGAGUUAUCGAUAAUUCAGUAAUUGGUGGUGGUCCCAGCGGUCCAAGAGGAGACUCAUCCGUUAGUAGCAUAGUCCAAGACAAUGACAUUUCCCGAAGGUCAACUACAGCCGUGGAUAACCAGCGACAUGUUAACGAACAACAUCACCGUACAAACAACGAACAACGUCUGAGAUCCGAAAAUGUGUCACAAACCCGUUACGUGGUCGAUGACAGAUCAAUAACUGAUGUGAAUAGGCAUGCUCGUAACCAAAUCACACGAGACAUAUCAUCAAAUACGCGUCACUUGGCAGACAAUAGGUCGACCAGCAUUCAAGAUAUUCAGAAACAACAACAAAUUGAACGACAUCAACGACAGCAGCAGCAACACCAGCAACAGCAACAGCACGAAAUUUCCCGGCGUGAUUACGUGAAUACCGAAUUAGUUGACAACAGGCAAACAAACUCAGCACGUCAUCAUCACAGCUCGAUGCAUACUCAGCAUACCGUUGCCAGCCAAGCACGUUACAACACAAAUCAAUCGAGCAGCAACGACUUCAAACAAAUCAUUGGAGGAUAUUCAGGACAAUCAGCGGUGGAUUCUUCUACCAAGACCAGUCAUCACAGAAAAAAUAUCAUCUCUUCAUCGUCCGCAGAUGUCAGCAAUUCAGUACUGCAUCGCAGAGGAGUAACCUCAUCGACUGAGGCACUUCACACGAUUUCGUCAACUGCCGCGGCUCAACGAAAGAGCAUAUCGAACCUUGCUGACUCUGGGCAGUAUAUCAGUAAUUCGAGUCAGAGCAGCGAUCGUCGCAGUCUGACCUCCUUACACCGCAGUACCAAGGAUGGCAACCCUUGGGCAUCGGCGACAUACGAAAGGCCACAACGCGUCGUUCAUCGCGAUAACCUUACGAUUGGAGGAAAAUUCUACUCUCAACGCGAAGCCAACAGUUACGGUAACUUUACUACGCAGAAGACCGAGCGCGUUCAAAGACGCUCAAACGUAUCGCACAUCGCUCUUGGCGAUGGGAGCGCAACUACAUCAACAUCCUACAAGAAGGAGUUCGUUCCGAAACAACAGGGUCCAUGUCCAGCUGCACUAUUGGAAGCUAAGAAGGCGCCCUUCAAGCACACAAGAGACACGCCAAAACACAAGUUCUACAUGCCACUGAUUUCCAAUUAAUCAAUUAGGUUACCAGUCCUCAAGGUCGUACACAAAAGCUGUAACUUUUAUCGCACUUACUUCACUUGGUGUUACUUCAAGUAAGCCUAAGUCGGCGAAAUUCCUUUACGACACUCUAGAACUGUGAUAAGAAUUCAGAAUUUUACUAUUCUAUAUGUUAUAUUGAUGUGAUCAUCUGACUAUACUAUACGGUUACAUUUUUUGCAAAAAUAUUAUAUAUUAUAUAUACACAAUGAUAUUUUAUCUAUACUGUGAUAAAUUAUUGUUGAAUAUUAUUUCCCGACAAACUUAUAUCUGCUAAAAUCUGCAUUAAUUACAUACGAUGAAAUUUAUCUCGUUAUUGAUAUACACAAUAUACACGUAUACUAUAUACAUGUUAUAUUUACAUAAUAUAAAUAUUAUAAAUCAUCGCAUAUAGGCCUGUUAUAACAUGAAAGCAAGUAGAAAUAAACGUGACUGAUAGCAAAAGUGUAUUGCAAAACAAAAACUAUAGAGCUUAGAAAGGAGAAAAAGUUGAGCAGAUUAAAAUCAAAAAACUAUCGAAGUUGUCCAAUCGUCGAUCUCAACAUGGACCUAAGGUCAAAAUAAUGUUAUUCUAGGAAGCAUUCCAAAAUUAGAAUUGAUUUUGAGCCUUUGACAAUCAAUUUACAAAUUGAUUUACAUACUAUCUUUCGCAAAUAAUUGUUAAAAUAUCUUAAAUAAUAAUUCCACUGGAGUCCUUAUUUAGUAACGGUUCGCGUUUGUUUCUCAGUUGGUAGAAUAGCAAUAACUCACAUCAGGGGAUCGUGGGGCACAACGGCCGCCCUGAAAUAUUUGUCAAAACAAAGUUCUGUUCAAUAGUUUUAUAAUUGCGAGUUUAUAAGCGAUUUGUAAACCGAAUAGAGUAUUUCGGAUGAGAUGGAAUACUUUAAAAGUUUUAAAAAAUAAAAGUAUUUUUUUAAUCAUUUUUUUGGCGGGUAUCCGUCAUGCCAUGUAAAUUUUUUUUGUUGAAAUUAUGGCAAUAUGAUGAUGAAUUUGUUCAAGAUGGAUCAAAGCAACUUGUACCCGGUGUUUCAAAGCCA